AUGGCGAUAUUAUUACGGAGAGAUUGCGACGCGAGUAACGCCAACUCAGCCGCUUGCGAGAAACCGGUCAGCGAUUUCCUCAAGACAGGCGUGCCGGGGAUUAUCGUUGGGAUACUCGUCCUAAUUGCCGUCUGCGUAUGCUGCUAUCUGCUCUGGCGAAACAAGAAGCGAGACGCGCGCGAGGCGGAGGAAGCGCGUGGUUGGAAUCUGGACAAAUAG